AAUCAAAAGGCACCACCCCUCACCCAGCCCAUCACCUAGCCACCAAGCAGAGUUCCAACACGUUUGGUCAGCUGGUCUCUUCAUAAAAAUCCAUAUUCCCAUCAUGUUUUAGUGUGUGUGUCCAUUUGGUUUCUAACUUAUGGAAUUCUGCACUAAUAUUUGCUAGUGUCCUCAUAUCACGAUGUUCCUUCCUCCAAAACACACUGCUGGUAUGUUGUGUUUGGGGUGCUGUGCAGUGCAACUAUUCCUCUAAACAUGCAGUGUGAAAUGGAAUUGAAACCACUCACUGAUAUUUCUAAUAGCUCUUUUCUUGGCUUUAUGCGUACUUCGCCUCCUUUUUUGUGAAGUUUUUAAAAUGUAUAGUAUAUUUCAUUCCUCAUUAUUACACUAAAUGAUUGAUUUAUUUGGGUGGAUAUUUUCAUCUUUAUUGAAUAUUUGGACCGUUUUUGCCUAUUUUUCUCACUAAUAUUUAGGCAGAACUACUGUCUUAAAGUUUUAUCUGUAAAUAAAAGAAAAUAUCUGCAAUGUCUUUUCAAUCUGAAACAAAAGACAAAUUGUGUUAGAUGUAGCAUCAAUGAGGCGUCUUGAGCUGCCGAACUCCCACACAGGAAUGUUUAUGAGCACUAAUAUCUGAUAUUGCCUGCGAGGGCAGAAACACUGGCACAGCCUCAAAACUGGAAAAGCACCAUAAAAUAUCACUUUGACUAUUUCUUGAUCCUAGUGUCUCGAAAACUAAAGUUUUGGUUUUGAAUUGGUCAGUAUCGAUCAGAGAUAUUCUAAGGAAUUAGCAACGGUGAACUGGUAACAUGGUCAUGGUUGAGCAAGAGCCAUGGUGGACUGAUCUGAUGAAGCAAGUUUUCUUAUGAAGUCUCUUGUAUGUUAAGGCCUGAUGGUGUACGCGUUGUUUGAAGAAGGCAAGCCCACAGAGGCUUCUGGUAAACUUCUGUUGAGAGACUAUGGGUCCCUCCAUUUCUUGGGACGCUACUUUGACACCUCUCUAUCUAGCACACCGUGUGUCCACUGUCAUGGAAAAAUUGUUCCCUAUAGGGUUAAAGCUUCUUUCAGCCAUAUGUUUCACUUUUUCACUGAGAACACUGAGAACUUGAGUUUUUGGAUGCGGGCUGGCCUCCCAAAUUCCUGGAUAUGGCCUCUGUGGCAAAGAAGUAGAUACCAUGUAGAUACCACUUUGCAAUGUUCUGCUGUUCAGAGUCUGCUGCUAACAUGCUGAAGACAGAUACCGCAGCCCACAUCCAUGUGUCAGGAGGACCCCAAGUAUCUAAAGGUUGUCUUGUGGCUUGUUGGUGUCAAUUUAUCUUCGAAUUUAGUCUUCAGACAGAAUGCAUUUGCCAUGUCAAAUAAAAAUCUAUUCUUCAACUUACAAGGUACUGUAUGUCAGUUGGACGUAUCCCAAGAGCCACACCUUAGACUUUAACAGCCUCUGUUAGCCUGAGAAAUGCUGAUGUUGAUACCAGAAAUGUUAGCAAAAACAAAACUGAACGAUUGCUCAUGUGGAGUCGUUGCCAAGAAAAAGGUUUACAGAGAUGCAUCUGGGUGAAACCCAAGACUUGUGGAAAAAUGUAUUCUGGACAGAUGAGGCCAAAGUAGUGAUUUUCGCUAUGAUUCACGCUACCACAGUUAGCUAAUGCCCAGCACAGGCUUUAGGACUGGCAGAUAGAAUCUCUAUGGACUCAGCUCAUGUGUUGGGCAGUAAAUUUGUACUUCUGCCCUUUGGGAGGCGAUUCAGGGUGCCUUGUUUCAGAAGAAAAAGGCACAAGAACGCCUUUCCAUCAAACUCCAAAACAGGAGGAAGAAUAAAUUAAUUCACCAGAUUCACAGGACCCAACAACCUCUUUCUGGGAAGGAAACAACUCCUGCAUUCCCAAAAAGUAACCGUUCGGUUUCAGGAAUAUACUGUAGAUCUAUAAAACAUUCUCAUUUUCACUUCUCUUUUAUGAGUUUUGAUCGUUGAUCCUGCGAUCAAAAUGUGUUUGAACUACCUAUGCUUUUCCCUAUUAGGUUUCAACCCUGGCAUAUGACAAUCAAUACGUUUUGAAAUUUAUUCUGAGAGUAUAUUUAAAAAAAUAAUCCAAGAACCAGCAAUUAUUUCGGCACAACAGUGUUAAAACAUUGCUUUAUGGUUGUUAUUUUCUGUCUUCACCCUGAAAGACAUUCAUCAUUUGGGAAUUGAUUGAGUGGGAUUGGUGAAAGCAACCGACGCUCGUUUUGUUGCUUCUCUGGUGCCUGUCUGUCAAAGACUCUCACCUGCAGUUUAAAUAUUUCAGCCUUGUGUGAAUGAAUGCAUUUUGAUCGGUCGGAAUGCUUCGGAGAUAUAAAAGAGUGAAAGCAAUCGCCAGAUGAAAGGGUAUCUGAUGAAACGGAGAUCUGACGAUGAGGUCGGCUUCUCUUUCCUUUUAUGUGCGCUCCCAUCAGUUCACCAUGCGAUCUCAGAUGUAGCUUGCGUUACACACACCCCGCCGGGCCGUUAAUGUUGCAUGGAUGCAUUGUUUGACCCGUCACAGCGUGACCCGUCGGCGCAGCAGCCUGACAUUAGCCAGGGUCGGUCCUCGAGGGCCGGAAUCCUGCAUGUCUUAGUUCUCUGCCUGGUUUAACCCACCUGGAUCCAAUGAUGUCUCGUUGGAAGGACUAAGAAGAACACUGACAUGCUGAAAAGGUUGUCACUACCAAGUGAGAGAGAACUAAAAUGUGCAGGAUGCCGGCCCUCCAGGACAGACUUUGGGCACCCCCGACGUAAGCUAAUCUGUGACAUCCUAGUCCCCAGGCAGCUAACAUUUAUAGUAAGCAAUUCUAAUCUCCACUAAUGAGAGCAGGGUUGACGUUCUGUAAGGAAAUUGGGCCGCUAAUGCAUCAAAUACUGAAAGUGAAGUCAAAAAGCUAAAACGGUGGAGCGCUCCUGAUAUUUCUAUGUCAUAUUUGGAGAAUUGCACACAAAAUCAACAAUUGUGGCUAAAAGACAAAACAAAAGAACCAAUUAAGACAACAGAGCCCAAAAAAAGAAGAAAAAGUCGAUUCGACAGUAGGGUACUUCGGUGGAAACACCGUUUUUUUGUAUGUUCGCUGUUUUUUUUGCAUCACACGACCAACAACCGGAUGUCGCUGCCGACGAAAAAGACACAGAAGUCAACAGGAAGUGAUGUGAGUUUAUCUCUACAUGGAUUUGAGCCCAAGCAGCAGAGCCCGCACCGACACCGAGAGCCGCAGCGGCCCUCGGCCUCUGGCUACCAGCUGGCCGACAGACCCCUCGCUUUCCUGUACCUAGAGAGGGACGGCGCCAUGGAGGAGUCGUCGGCCGAAACCCUGGACUCCAGCACGCAGGGCGACGUGCCUCCACUGGCCGUGAAGGACGUCCAGGUGGUGCUGCAGAAAGAAAGGUCGGACGGCAUCAGCACCCCGUCCAGAGACGACGACUCCACCCUCCAGAACCCGGGGACUCACAGCAGCAUCCUGGAUGACAGCAGCAAGUCGCAGUCAGCCGUCCCCGAGAGGAGGAACAAAUCGACUGGUCUUUGCUUUGGUGACGGAAAAAGUCUCAUAGACUACAUCCUGGUUUACAGGAAGUCCAGCUCCCAGUCCGAGAAGAGGGAGAUGUUUGAGAGGAACAUCCGCGCCGAGGGGCUACGCAUGGAAAAGGAGGCCUCUUUAACAAACAGUGAUGUGAUCUUCCUGAAGCUGCAUGCGCCGUGGGAUGUUCUCUGCCGCUAUGCGGAGCUCAUGAACAUCCGCAUGCCGUUUAGGAGGAAGAUCUUUUACAUGCACAGACGACACAAGUUUUUGAGCAGGAUGGAGAAGCGCAUCAACAAGUUUCGGGGAUGGCUCCCCCGCAAGCCCAUGAAGUUUGACAACGACACUCUGCCCUACUUGGAGGAGAACGAAAGCUUCACGGCUCCCUUCAGCCGAUCGAGGAUCCAUCAUUUCAUCAUCCACAACAAAGACACGUUUUUCAACAACGCCACCAGAAGCCGGAUCGUCCACCACAUCCUCCAGCGGGUCAAAUAUGAGGAGGGGAAAAACAAGAUGGGACUGAAUCGUCUUCUAACCAACAACUCGUACGAGGCGGCGUUCCCUCUUCAUGAGGUAAUCACAUCCGCCUCCCUUUGCGGCUCACGUUGUCGCUCUCUCCUCUUCGCCGCUCGCUCCGUUCAGCGUGUUCAGGGUUUUCUUGUGGUUGAACCGCAUCAGGGCAGCUACCACAGCAAAAACUCCAUCCGGACCCACGGAGCAGAGAACCAUCGGCACCUCCUCUAUGAGUGCUGGGCCUGGUGGGGGGUCUGGUACAAGUACCAGCCGCUGGACCUCAUCAGGAGGUAUUUUGGCGAGAAGAUCGGUCUGUACUUCGCUUGGCUCGGCUGGUACACGGGGAUGCUGUUCCCUGCGGCCGUGGUCGGGCUCUUUGUGUUCCUCUACGGGGUUUUCACACUGGAGCACUGCCCGGUCAGUAAAGAAAUCUGCCAGGCCACCGACACCAUCAUGUGUCCCAUAUGCGACCAGUACUGCCCCUACCUGAGGCUGUCAGACAGCUGCAUCUACGCAAAGGUCACCCAUCUCUUUGACAAUGGAGCAACUGUUUUCUUCGCCGUGUUCAUGGCAGUGUGGGCAACAGUCUUCCUGGAGUUCUGGAAAAGACGAAGGGCUGUCUUGGCGUACGACUGGGACCUCAUCGACUGGGAGGAGGAAGAGGAUGAAAUCAGGCCCCAGUUUGAGGCCAAAUACUCCAAGAAGGAGCGGAUGAACCCCAUAUCUGGAAAGCCGGAGCCCCACCAGGCCUUCACCGACAAGUACAGCCGCCUUCUCGUCUCAUCGUCUGGAAUAUUCUUCAUGAUCCUGGUGGUGAUCGCAGCCGUGUUCGGCAUCGUGAUCUACCGCGUGAUCACCGUCAGCACCUUCGCCGCCUUCGGCUGGGCGCUCAUCAGGAACAACUCUCAGGUGGCGACGACGGGCACCGCAGUCUGCAUCAACUUCUGCGUCAUCAUGCUCCUCAACGUGCUUUAUGAAAGAGUCGCCCUUUUCCUCACAAAUUUAGAGCAGCCAAGGACGGAGUCAGAGUGGGAGAACAGCUUCACCUUCAAGAUGUUCCUUUUUCAGUUCGUCAAUCUCAACAGCUCAACUUUCUACAUCGCCUUCUUUUUGGGAAGAUUCACCGGUCGGCCGGGCGCAUAUCUACGCCUCAUCAAUCGCUGGAAGCUGGAGGAAUGCCAUCCCAGUGGCUGCCUGAUCGACCUCUGCAUGCAGAUGGGCAUCAUUAUGGUACUGAAACAGACCUGGAACAACUUCAUGGAGUUCGGCUACCCGCUCAUCCAGAACUGGUGGACUCGACAGAGGUUAAAGAGAGAGCACGGCCACAUCCCCAAGGCCAGCCUGCCCCAGUGGGAGCGGGACUACAACCUGCAGUCAAUGAACGCGUACGGACUGUUUGACGAGUACCUGAAGAUGAUUUUGCAGUUCGGCUUCACCACCAUCUUCGUGGCCGCGUUUCCUUUGGCUCCUCUCUUAGCGCUGAUCAACAACAUCAUCGAGAUACGUUUAGACGCCUACAAGUUCGUCACCCAGUGGCGGCGACCUCUUCCAUCACAAGCUAAAGACAUUGGAAUCUGGUAUGGCAUUCUGGAGGGUAUCGGCAUCUUGUCCGUCAUCACCAACGCCUUUGUCAUCGCCGUCACCUCGGACUUCAUCCCUCGUCUCGUUUAUGCCUACAAGUACGGACCGUGUGCCGGUCAGGAUCGAGCCGGGGAGGGGUGUAUGAUGGGUUAUGUAAAUGCCAGUCUGUCUGUCUUCCGAGUUUCUGACUUUGAGAAGAGAUCCCAGCCAAGAACCAAUGGCUCUGAACUUUUUGAAGAAGCUGUGAAGUAUUGCAGGUAUCGGGACUACAGGGAGCCUCCGGACUCAACUGAGCCAUACACUUACACUCUGCAGUUCUGGCACGUCCUGGCAGCCCGGCUGGCGUUCAUCAUUGUUUUUGAGCACAUGGUCUUUGCCAUAAAGACCCUGAUUGCAUACCUAAUCCCGGACCUACCCAAGGACCUGCGGGACCGGAUGCGCCGCGAGAAGUACCUGAUCCAGGAGAUGAUGUAUGAGGCCGAGUUGGAGAGAUUGCAGAAGGAGAAAAAUGAGAAGAAGAAGAAAGACAGGACCCACCAUAAGGAAUGGCCUUGAAUACAACUGUCUGCUACAUUUUUGGAUUGGUUGUACAAGAAAUGGAGGAGUUCUGCAUGUACUGGAUCAUCAAAUCUUCCUCCUGCCAUGUUAGACCAGCACCUCCUGUUGGACAAUUACAGAACUGCAUCCAACACAGAGCCACCCUGGAGCCUCUGUGUCCAGAACUCCUCAGCACACGGGACUUUUAGCAGCCAAUUUUGCAACUUUCUUCUCUCUUGUUCAGACUUUUAGCAGCAUUUGGCUUCAGCUCCUGAAUGUAGAUUACAAGCAAGAAUAAAACUUUAUUCCUUUGUAGGCGACCGGAGCUGCUCUGCGGAGUUUAACGAAUGAUAAACCUUGUUUACAUUUCUCCUCGUUUUAGGAGUUUAUUUUUAUUUUUGCUUUAUUGUAAAUAAAAUGUUGAAAUGAAUGAAUGUCAGGCCGUGCACUCUGCUGUAGUGUAGUUCAAUCACAAUAAAAGUCACAUAGUUGAGGUUCCUUCUAUUGAUGCUGCUGUGGUACUUUCUACAGUUUGCUAUAAAAACAGAGGCUCAGAUUAGUACCUGGAGUAAUAAACGUCAUUUAUUUUGA